AUGUCGAUGAAUAUUAUUGUUCAUCGACAGCCAAUGUUACUGCAUAAUCCCGUGGAAACUCCGAAAAUAGCCGAUUUUGCAUUUGCAAUUUCGCCGGGCAAAGAAACGCGUAUUAUAAUACGUCCCCAUAUUUCGGUAGCGAGUAAAACAAUAUUAAAAAUACCGAAGAAAAAAAGAAAGUGCUUCUUCACGUCCGAGAGACGUUUGCGUUUUUACAGAACUUAUACGCAAAGAAAUUGUUUCCUUGAAUGUGAGGCAAAUUUUACACAGCAGAUUUGUCAUUGCGUGCAAUAUUACAUGCCAAUUAAAAUCGAGGGGAAAAGAAAUAAUAAUUUUACUUUUUUUCCGCCUGCAGAGUCACUGAAUACUAAAAUAUGUGGAAAGAAAGAUGAUCAGUGUGCAAUUCAAGCGAGAAGAGCCAUGGAGCAAAAACUUUAUGAUGAUGAAAAUACAAACAGUCAAUUGAACAUCACAGAAACUCCCAGUUGUAAUUGUUGGCCAGGAUGCUUCGAAGUGAGCUACACAACUGAGAUUUCACAAAGUGCCUUGAUGGCGAACUAUGACAUUGAAGAUAUUUACGUGAGAAAAGACAAGAAUUACUUUGUGAAUAAUAUGGCCGUGGUGCAUUUGUUCUUUGUCGAUUCUCAAUUUACAAAAUUCGUAAAAACUGAACUAUUCGGAUUCACUGAAUUCUUAUCUAAUAUUGGCGGUCUACUCGGCCUCUUUAUGGGCUUCAGUGUUUUGUCAUUUAUGGAAAUCAUUUAUUUUCUAACAUUAAAAUUUUGGUGUCAACUUCGAAAACAUAGAAAUUCACUAAAUCAUUCCGAAGUUGAAACACAAAUACAACAAAACAAUCACGUUACAUAUCCGUUUGCGCAUUAACAAAUUUUUUUGUUUUUAAAAAUAGUGUAAAUUUCUUCUAAAAAAAAAAAUUUGAAUUCUUAUUAAUACACAAAUCGAUACUCGCACUCAAUGAAUUUUUAAAAAAGAACACAUUUUUUCAAAUAGAGAAAUCGGAGAGAAAGGUCAGUCUCCUCUCAGUCUGUUGGAAAAAUUAUUCAAAAAGUGUAAAAUUUUAAAGUAAAACAUGCAAUUAUAAAUUAUAGAAAUGAAAUAUUCACCGAUAAAUGAAUGAAAUAUUUCAUAAUUACGUCGAUAAUAUGAUGUUACAUAUAUAUACAAGUGAAUGAGAGGCGAAACUUUGAGGUUAUGUCAACUGAAUUUAUAUCUUCAUUUUCAAUUAAUUAUAUAUAGAACUGAUUCAUAAACAAAAUCAGAAAAAAGUAAAAUUCUUUGAAUGUUGUCACUAAAUAUUGCUCUUGAUUUUAAGAAAUCUUUUGUGUAAUUGCUUUUCAUGUUUUUUGAAUAUGUUUAAACACUUCUUUUCGUGUGAGCAGAGCUAUUAAUAAAAAUAUAAAUACUAAUGUCCCGCAGUGCUUUAU